CCGGGCCCACCAUGAGCCCCCUCCGUGCCUGCGAUGCUAAACCCAGCGACGGACAGUAGACUACAGACUACAGAGAGACCGGAAAUGGCUUCUCGCGCUCUCUCGCUCGGUCUCCGGCGACGGCCGAGGCUGUUCCGGGAGGAUGCCGGCGAUCGUAGUUCGAGUUCGGUGCUUGGCAGAUGGAGUUUCUGUAGAUUGCUGUCGUCCAGUGGCUUCGGCGGUGAGCUGCUCGAGGAUGCUCCGGCCGCCGAGGAGAGCGACGACUUGAGGAGCAGGAUCUUCAGGUUGAGGCUUCCGAAGCGAAGCGUGACGAAUGUUCUUGAGAAAUGGAUUGGUGAAGGGAAUCGCAUCCCGGCUUCUGAGCUGCGGCAGAUUUCCAAGGAGCUCAGAAGGCGUCAGCGCUACAAGCAUGCUCUCGAGGUAUCGGAAUGGAUGGUUACCCAUGAGGAGUUUGAGCUACUGGAGAAUGACUACGUCGUGAGGAUUGAAUUGAUGACAAAGGUUUUUGGUGUUGAUGCUGCAGAGCGCUACUUCGAAGGUCUACCUCCAGCAGCAAAAACUAGUGAAACCUACACUGCUCUCCUACACUGUUAUGCUGGGGCAAAAUUGACUGGCAGGGCGGAGAACCUGUUUGAGAGAAUGAUGGAUUCAGGCCUCUCUUUCAGUGCUCUUACAUACAACGAGAUGAUGACCUUGUACAUGUCAGUUGGAUUGGUGGAGAAGGUUUCAUCAGUUGUACAGGAAUUGAAGAUCCGUAAUGUGGCUCCAGAUGUAUUCACUUACAACCUUUGGAUUAGUUCAUGUGCGGCAACUCUGAAUAUGGAAGAAGUCAGAAGAAUCUUGGAUGAAAUGAACCACGACCCUGGUUCUAAAGAAGAGUGGGAUAGAUAUAGGCGCCUCACAAAUAUUUAUAUCGCCUCAGGUCAACUUCUGAAAUCGGAGCGUGGUGGCCUUGUUGAAGCUGAUAAGCGUGUAACGCAAAGAGAAUGGAUUACAUAUGAUUUUCUUAUCAUCCUCUAUGCUAGCAUGGGAAACAAGGAAAAAGUCGACCAAAUAUGGAAAUCAUUGAAGAUGACGAAAGAGAAAAUGACUGGUAGAAAUUAUGUUUGCAUCCUGUCUUCAUAUCUGAUCCUUGGGCAUUUGAAAGAAGUUGGAGAAGUCCUUAGUCAAUGGAAGCAAACUGCAUCACCGAAUUUUGACCUUUGUGCCUGUAAUAGGCUGAUGGAUUCUUUCAAAGAAAUCGGGCUGAAAGAAAGAGCCGAUGACUUUCAGAUCCUUAUGAUUGAGAACAGCUGUUACCCUGCUGAGGAAUCGAAGUGAAGAACAAUGGAGCAGCACGCCCUUGUGAGUUGGGCAAAAGCAGGACUUCCCUCCUAUCAACGCGGUGGGGAGAGUAGCUGUUUCAGAAUAUGGAUACCUGCAGCAGGUGUACUUAUUGAAAUGCAAUCUUUUAGGUCCUAUGCAAGGAUCCUGUGAACUGCUUCAUGUUUCUGUUCUUUGAAAUGCUAUAGUACUGCUCAGAAUUUUAAUCAUGGUGCUUUUGGACACCAUAUCUUUCUAGAGAAUAAGUCAGAGAGGAGAUACUCUAAAUCAUUUAAUAUAUAACCAUGUAAAUUUUCGUGCCAGGCAUCCAA